GAGGCACGGGAGGGAGGCGAGAUCCCCGGCGGCCCUGAGCCUGGCCUAGGCCGCGAGAGACCUCCCAGCAGCCCCGGAGCUCACGACCUGUCCUGCCCGUCUGAGACGGCGGGCGGCAGCAGCCUAGGCAGCAGCAGUAGCAGAAGCAGCAGCCGCCGAGCAGCAGCAAGGACUCUGCAGUCAGAGUAGGACUGUAGGACCGGAGCCUGAGUGGAACAGGAGUGGAGCUGGCCUGGGAGAGAGCGGAUCCCUCCCAGCACCCUCAGGCCACCCGUUGCCUGCACUCUCCCUGCCAGACCUCCAGAGAGGAGAGACUCGGGACAGCCAGCCCCAGGUUCCCCCAGGAGGAAGUUCACUAUGGCUCCAGUCCUCUGGCCAUGCUGACGGCAGCGUGCAGCAAAUUUGGUGGCUCCAGCCCUCUGCGGGACUCAACAACUCUGGGCAAAGCAGGCACAAAGAAGCCGUACUCUGUGGGCAGUGACUUUUCAGCCUCCAAAACCAUGGGGGAUGCUUAUCCAGCCCCCUUUACAAGCACUAAUGGGCUCCUUUCACCUGCAGGCAGUCCUCCAGCACCCACCUCAGGCUAUGCCAAUGACUACCCUCCCUUUUCCCACUCAUUCCCUGGGCCCACGGGCACCCAGGACCCUGGGCUACUAGUGCCCAAGGGGCACAGCUCUUCUGACUGUCUGCCCAGUGUCUACACCUCUCUGGACAUGACACACCCCUAUGGCUCCUGGUACAAGGCAGGCAUCCAUGCAGGCAUUUCACCAGGCCCAGGCAACGCUCCUACUCCAUGGUGGGAUAUGCACCCUGGAGGCAACUGGCUAGGUGGUGGGCAGGGCCAGGGUGAUGGGCUGCAAGGGACACUGCCCACAGGUCCAGCUCAACCUCCACUGAACCCCCAGCUGCCCACCUACCCAUCCGACUUUGCUCCCCUUAAUCCAGCCCCCUACCCAGCUCCCCACCUCUUGCAACCAGGGCCCCAGCAUGUCUUGCCCCAAGAUGUCUAUAAACCCAAGCCAGUGGGAAAUAGUGGGCAGCUGGAGGGGAGUGGUGGAGCCAAACCCCCACGGGGUGCAAGCACCGGGGGCAGUGGUGGAUAUGGGGGCAGUGGGGCAGGGCGCUCCUCCUGCGACUGCCCUAAUUGCCAGGAGCUAGAGCGGCUGGGAGCAGCAGCGGCUGGGCUGCGGAAGAAGCCCAUCCACAGCUGCCACAUCCCUGGCUGCGGCAAGGUGUAUGGCAAGGCUUCGCACCUGAAGGCCCACUUGCGCUGGCACACAGGCGAGAGGCCCUUCGUCUGCAACUGGCUCUUCUGCGGCAAAAGGUUCACUCGUUCGGAUGAGCUGGAGCGUCACGUGCGCACUCAUACCCGGGAGAAGAAGUUCACCUGCCUGCUCUGCUCCAAGCGCUUUACCCGAAGCGACCACCUGAGCAAACACCAGCGCACCCACGGAGAACCAGGCCCGGGUCCCCCUCCCAGUGGCCCCAAGGAGCUGGGGGAAGGCCGCAGCACGGGGGAAGAGGAGGCCAGUCAGACGCCCCGACCUUCUGCCUCGCCAGCAACCCCAGAGAAAGCCCCUGGAGGCAGCCCCGAGCAGAGCAACUUGCUGGAGAUCUGAGCCGGGUGGAAGGUCUCCCACCCCAGGGCUGCCCUGCCAGUCUCUCUUGGCUCUCUAGACCACUGCUUGCCAAUCACUCUCUUUACCCCAUGCAUGCCAUCCUUCAGGGCUCUCUCCCUCUGUCUCCCUCCUGGCCAUUCUGGGCUUGGGUAUCUCUUUGCAUGCCUCCUCAGCUCACGUUCUCUCUUCACCAUGAGACUGGCUUUCUGCAAACUCUCAUCUCAGGCCCUCCCCUUGUGCCUGAUUCCUGCACUCCGGCUUCCUAGACUCUGGCCCUGCCACACCAACACACUUUCUAUCUGGGCUUCCAACACUAUUUCUCCAACUCACUCCUUGACAUGUACCUUUUCUGCUUCUCAAGCUUAUUUACUGCUGUCCCUCAGCCUCCAGCCUUCAGUCUUCCCAACUUCUUACACCAUUGCUUUCCAUUCUCCAGAACUCUUUUUCCUUUUUACAAACACAAUGAUAAUGAUAAUUUAUUGCCCCCUGGUGGCCUCUUCAUCAGGGACCAUGGUUAGGGGUAUUGGGGUUAGUGACCUGGCCAGAGGCAGGGUGCCAAGAGGGGGCAGACCAGUGGGGAUCUGAUCCCAAAGAUGGGGUGACCCCAGGGUCAGGGAGGCUGCCCCCAGGCCUGUAUAUUUAACCCCUAUGUACCAGGAGUAAUGAAUAGUAAUAAUUCUAUUUAUGUAAGUUAUGAUGACGGGUCAGGUAGAGUGAGCUGGGGAGGGAAGUGGAUCCAUUUCUGCUAAGGAAAUUCUAGUCAAAUGCAUCUCUGUAUAGACAAAAUGUUAGUGGAGAAGAUCUUGUUAAUAGAAUGUCUAUCAUCAGAAUCUCAGUUGAUAGGGUUGGUUUCUCUUGUAAUGAAGUCUCUACAAAUUGGGUUAGCUAGAUCUCUGCUAAAGAGUUGAUGGGGUAUCUUUUGAUUAGGGGGAUCCCUAAUAUCUCCAGCCCCAGCCAGAAGCUGUGAAACCUUAAGUCUUAUGGAGGGGAGAAGGACGGGAAUGUACCCCAUCUUCCUUGACCCCAGAGCAGAUUCCUCCACUGCCCCUCCCCUUAGACACCAUGACCCCAUCAGGUUAAUCCCCUGUUGCCAUGGUUAUGGAGAGCUUGCAGCUGCCAUCUUAGACGUGCUCUUUGGGGAAGCCCAUCUAACAGGAGGACAUUGGUUUGGGGGUGCACCUCCUGAAGAAUGGGUGGGGAAGGCUUUCUCUGGGAUCAGAUUCAAAUAAACCAAGUAUGUAUUGAGUGCCUACUCUGUGCAAGGCACUAUGCUAGAUCUGGUGUCUAGAAGCCCUGAGAAAGAACUUACAGAGCUAGGAGGACAGAGGCCCCCAAGCUGAUCUGGGGGUGCAUCCACGAACCCCCACCCUGGGACUUCGGAUGCUCCCAUCUCCACCUCCAGUGACUUUUAAAGCCGCUUCGUGCCUUUCCUGUAACUUUGGAUCCUCCUUUUCUGUCCCUUGCUGUCUCAAGGCCCCAAGUUAAAGGGUUAAAGCCGCUGGAGCUUGGGGAGAGAACAUUGUGGAAUAGAAGGGAUCAUGCCCUUUGUGGAGUCUUUUUUUUUUUAAUUUAAUAAAUAAAAGUUGGAUUUGAAA